UUCUUGAAUAUAAUAUUAGCUAGCUUGAUAACGUCUCAGCAUUUGUGUAUUUCAGUGGAGGCUGCUUAAUUAUGUUACCGCGGAAAUAGAAAGCUAUUCAACCGUACUAUCUAGAGAAUAUAGAACCUUUCAGCUCUGUACCAGGAUGCUGUUUAAAAUACUGCUGGGCUUCCUGUGUGGCGUUAGUGCUGCGGCCACAGACAACAUCACAGCCCAGCAGGGUCCUCCGCCGCUGCUGCUGGUGUCCUUCGACGGAUUCAGAGCCGACUACCUGCAGAGGUUCCCCAUGCCCAACCUGAAGCUCCUGUACAGCCAGGGGGUCCUGGUGGAGCAGCUCACCAAUGUCUUCAUCACCAAGACGUAUCCAAACCACUACAGCCUGGUGACGGGUUUGUAUGCAGAGUCUCACGGCAUCGUGUCCAGCAACAUGUACGACCCCGUCACCCACAAGCAUUUCCAUGUCCCCAACGACACUGACCCCAUGUGGUGGAGCGAAGCGCAGCCCCUCUGGAUCACGGCGCUCGACUCCGGCUACAAGACGGCGGCCAUGAUGUGGCCCGGCUCCGAAGUGAUCAUCGGCAACCGCACGGCGACGCACUUCUCUCCAUACAACGUUCAUGUGACUUUCCAGCAGCGACUCAGGAACGUGACAAACUGGAUAUUAGGAAACGGAAAGGAGGAAGGAGUGAAGUUCGCAGCUCUGUACUGGGAGGAGCCAGACCGGUCAGGCCACAUCUUCGGCCCAGAUAACACCACUGCCAUGGGCAAAGCGCUGAAAGAGGUCGAUGACAACAUCGGUCUGCUGAUGUCGGAGCUGAAGCGAACCGGCCUCUGGGGUCGCAUCAACAUCCUGAUAACCAGCGAUCACGGCAUGGCCCAGUGCUCAGCUGAGCGCCUCAUAAGACUGGACAACUGCCUCCACCCCGACAACUACACACUCGUGGACUUAACACCUGUCGCGGCACUCAUCCCCAAAAACAACACAGAGGCUGUCUUCAACACUCUCAGGAAAUGCCACCCUAACAUGACGGCAUAUUUAAAGAACACCAUCCCUGAUUGUCUCCACUACCGGAACAAUGAGCGCAUCCAGCCCAUCAUACUGGUAGCAGACGAGGGCUGGACCAUAGUGCAGCGAGGCGACAAGCUGCCGAGGCUGGGGGAUCACGGCUACGACAACUCCCUUCCCAGCAUGCACCCCUUCCUGGCAGCGACGGGGCCCAGCUUCCGUCAGGGUUAUCAGAUCAGCAGCUUGCAGAGCCUGGACGUUUACCCGCUCAUGUGCCACCUGUUGUCGGUGCCUCCGCGGCCCAACAACGGCACCCUGACCCAGGCUCGGUGCCUGCUGGCUGCUGAGACCUGCUGGGACGCCCCCAUGGUGAUCGGCCUGGUGGUGGGAGUCCUGCUGGUCCUCACUGCGAUCACUGUUCUGUUCAGGUUCCUGAGCGUCCGCCGCCGCUUAGGGCCACGACCCUUCCAGAGGCUGCAGGUCGACUACGACGACGACGACCCCUUGUUGGAAUGAACCAGUCGGAGCUCAUCCGUGUUUGUGCUCUAGUAGGUAUUCGACAUGUUGCACAUUACUAUCCCGUUUCACUCCAACGUCAGCGUGUUUGUGUUUCGUAACACAUGCAGUGAAAAGACGUGUUGUUAAAAAAGCCUUCAGGCCUGUUGACGCCUACUUUUGGAGGUGAUGUGAGGAGAGUUGUUGUUAAGACUCCAGAAAGUUACUGUUGUUAAAAAUCCCUGGACUUGAACAUGUGAUGCGAAGCCAGUGGUGUUUUGCCGUGGAAUGUAAUUUUUAUUGAGGAAAUAUUGUUGGUGGGAGGACAAUAAUAGAGAGAUUUUAUUCUGGGAGAAGAAAAGAAAAUUCAAUCUGAGUUACUGAUUUAAGCGAUUACUUGUAUUGUGUUUAUAUAUUUUAAGUGUGCAUUUUUUUUGUAUUUGUAGUAUCAACUUUUUGUCAGCAGAGGGAGCUCGUAGUUCAUUUAAAAUUUAACAAUCUCAUUCAGAUGCUGAGAUUUGAUUGGCAUUAGUCGGCAGAUUUCCUUUAUGUACUGUCAGUUUCUGAGUUUAUUUUUCUGCAGAAUAAUGGUUUUGAAUUUCAUUUGCAUGUUUGAAAGAGAAAUUAAUUACUAAUGACUACUAAUGGCUCACCAAGGUGAAAUCGUGUUUUCAGGAGGCUGAUUUCUAUGCAAAUCGUUCACUUCGAGUGUAGAUGUGUCAGGCGUCCAUCUGUGCUUCUUUAUGUGACUAAUACCAAAGACUAUUAUUAUUAAGAUGCACAGCAGAUGCUCCAGAUAAUCAUCGCUUGAAAAAAAUAACAUCUUAGAUGGAUUUGUAUCGCAAAACUAAAGUACCUAUUAUUAGCAUCAGGUGGGAUAGCUGCACACUGGAUCACCUAGAUUUUAAAAAUAGAUCAAAUUCAGGCGGCAGGUUGAAACUUCAAAAAUCAUUUAGGAGGCGUAUUUUAAAAAUGUGUUUAAUUGAUCCGAAUAGAGGCUAAGCAGCCAAGGGUCUGGUGUCUUUCUCGAGGUACUGAAACGGGUGUUUGCUGGGAUCAAAAACAGUGGAGUUCUGCUGCUUCAAGGUCACAGGAAGAGUCUGCUUAUAUUCUCUAUUUUCUUAUUAUACACAAGUCCAAUGAAAAGACCAAACCCAGCAAUGAAUGCACCAAAUUAACAAGUAUUUGUCUGAAUCCAAAGCCAUUGUCAUCUAAAAGCUGUUAAAAACAUAUCAGGGAGACACACUAUUGCACUGAGUGACAAAUUUCUUCAUAUACAACAGUUAAUUUUGACUUAAGGCCAAAUACACCCAGUAAUAAUCCCUAUUAAUGAGCAUUUCAGUAGCAUGUGAUACAUAUUGCAAUGCCCAGCCGUUUCAGGAGUUGCAUAAGAUGAUGGAAAAUGCAGAGACAGGCUAAUACAUUUUAGUUUUUUGCUCUUUUCAUGGGAUUUGUUUACAGUAUCCACAUCGUAGAAUAUUGCAGACCUUCUCCUUCAAUGCUUGCAUGCUUCUCCAUCCAUGUACAUAGUGAUAUGUAUAUAUUCUUCGUGCAUCUUUUUGUGUAUGUAACUCUGGGUACUGAAACAAGCGAAGAAGGAAAAAUUACACGUCCAAACUCUUGCCAUGUUCUGCUCUUUCUUCGACACUUUUGCACUUUUUCGACUUAGAAAUCUAGAAUUAUUUCUUGUAACGCCCUCUCUUGCACUGUUCAAAAUCCACACCUGAUACCACAUGAACACAAUCGCUCAAAGUCCUCCGCUUACCAAGGAGGAGAAACAUUUUAGAAGUAAUUACAGAAAGAGAAAAAUGCUUCCCCAUUUCCACCAUGUUCCAAUUCUGGGCAGUUUUGUGCCAUGAAAGAAUUCUCGAGUCAAAUUCAGGUCAGUGGUGUCAUUUAAAAGUCAGUAUGUAUGUGCAAGACGAUGGUUAUAUGUUUAAAUGCAGCACCUAUGCACUCGAUUUGUGUUUGAUCGUCAAGGUUACUGUUUUUAGAAGUGUUGAAAAAAGUCCUUCUUGUACUAUGCAACUUGUGCCUGGCCUGUAGAGAGAUUUGUGUGAUUUAUUGAGAUUUAAAAUAAAUAAAAGUUGAAAAUGUGA